ACAUGGCCAAAACUGUGUCGUUUGGCUCAAUAAUUGAAACAUAAAAAUUUCAAUCCCUAAAUCAGAAAUUGAACAGAACUCACGCACUCAACUCUCGCUUAACUCACGACGGCGCUCACUGAACUCUCAAGUGAACUCACGACUGAGUAGGGUUGUGGCUCACGACAGCGCGGCGGACCAGGUUCGUGAGGGUAAAGCUCGCGAGUCGCUGGUGAUUAGGAUUCAUGGGGGUAAGGCUUGACGCGCAGGUGAUUAGGAUUCGUGGGGUUAAGAUCGCGACAGUGGAGGGUUCAAUGGUUGGGCUCGCGACGGCGCUGCUGCUGCGUUUUUCAUGAAGGCUGGACCUAACUGCUGCUGCGAUUUUCAUGAAGGCUGUUCAUGUUUUGUUCAUCUGGAAUCUUGAGAUUCAUCAUAAUUGUGUAGUGUUGGCUUGGUUUAAUAAGGCUUCUGUUUAAGAUAGCUUAUUCACUUUCAUUUAUAUACUUAAAUAUGCUCUACCGCUUGUAGAUGCUCAGAUUUUAAUGAUUCCAAGUCUUUGUUGCUCUAAGCCACCAACAUCUGUUGCUGACUGUUCCCUCUUUUUGGCCAACGAAACAAACAACAUAUGAAUCUUCAUAACAAUACCUGGACAAAUGACAAAAAUACACGCUGUCUAAAUUCAACAUUUUGCAUUCUGCAUUGCAAAAUGUGAGUUCUGUUCAAUUUUUGAUUUAGGGUUGCCAUGGUUGCCAGAGUUUGUUCCUAAGAUUGGACUUGCAUUUGUUAAAAAUGGGUAUUUCAGGUCUGGAGGACUAAGUGAUCCUUCUGAAAAUGGCUCCUUAGUUAAGUAUUUAUGUGAUUUGAGGCUUAAAGGAAGGCCUGAAUUGGCAAUAUCUUCUCAAUGUUGCCUCCAAGGGUUCUUCCAAGUAGCUAAUUCUGUCGAUAAGUUGGUCCAACAUGCAAAUCUCGAUAUCCAUACUGCACGAAGUGGAUACGACAAUUUCUCAAGGGAUGAUAAGAUUCUUGCUAAUGGUAUACUCAAGUCCUGUACAAUUGAAAUACAAUAUCUGCUGUCAACUUUGACAAAAGCAGUUGCUGGUGACUGGCAAUUCCUGCAGCCUAUCGAAACGUUUGGUAGAGGCGGCCCUGCUCCAGGAGUAGGUGUCGGGUGGGGUGCCUCUGGUGGAGGAUAUUGGUCCUUAAAUUCUUUGUUGGCUCAGCAAGACGCAAGAUUGCUCGUUUACUUGCUUGAAACUUCUACUAUUCCGUCUAUUGUGGAUUCAUCAGAAGCUGAAGAGAUGGGCUGCACGAUGCAAAAGAUAGAUUGCGCCGUUACGGCUUGUUUAAUUGUGGGCCCGGGGAAUAGCUCAGUCCUUGAUAAGUUACUAAAAUUCAUCUUCCAGGUUCCUGUGCUCAAGCAUCUGAGAUAUGGCAUUCAUAAGUUCCUCUCUCUUAGAAGUGGAACUAUGGUGACGAAGAAUAUGUGCUGUUUGCUAAUGUUUUGGUCUCUCACUUUCGAACCAGGUGGCUUGGUGCAAAGAAGAAACGAAAAGCCACGUCUGAGAUCAACCAUGUUGGCCAUAAAUCUAUGAAGAAAAAAGUUCGUUUCAUGGAAACUAUUCAUGAGGAUAUGGAUGCGACCAGUGAAGCUGGUGAAGAGUCGUCUUCUUCUUCUUUAAAAUUGGAGUGGGCUCGCCAGAGAUUGCCUCUUCCUGCACAUUGGUUUCUCAGUGCAAUCUCCACCAUUCAGCUCGACAAGAACACAUGCCCGCCCGGUGCUUCUCACAGAGAAACCUAUUCGGAGGUGCCCUCGAACAUUCUUGAAGUUGCCAAGAGCGGACUCUUUUUUCUCCUGGCUGUUGAAGCAUUACCUACUCUUAGCUCUGAGUUCUGCUCGCCUGUUAAACGAGUUCCAGUUGUUUGGAAACUGCACGCGAUGUCUGCGGCAUUACUUUCUGGGAUGGGUGUUCUGGAAGACGAGAAAAGCAGGGAUGUCUACGAAACCUUGCAGAAUGUGUAUGGCGAAGUUCUUGAUGAGAAAAAGGGUUCAGACAUGCUCGCUGGUGACAAGGGUGUCGAGUGCCUGAAAUUUGCAUCUGAUGAAACUCUAGUGGAUCAAUUCUCAGCUGAAUCUUAUGGUGAUAUGAUAUUUGGACGGCAGGUCGCAAUGUAUUUACACAAAUCCGUUGAAGUUUCUGUUAGGCUUGUCGCAUGGAAUACCUUAUCUAAUGCACGCGUUCUUGAGCUCCUGCCCCCUCUGCAUAAGUGCCUCGCGAAGGCUGAUGGCUACCUCGAACCUAUUGAGGAUAAUGAGAGCAUCCUAGAAGCCUACUCGAAAUCGUGGGUCUCGUGACAAAGCGGCAUCUUCGGGGACGUUUCUGAUGCUGCACUCUCACUGCGCAAUAAACUUGCGAAAUCUCUGAUGCGUGACUAUUCUCGCAGGCAGCAACACGAGGUACGCUCUUGCAUCAACUCAUCUUCAUGUGCUGCUUACUAAUGCAGAUGAAAUCAUGCACAUUAUACUCUUCUCCACCUGCCAUCACACUUAUUGUCAUCUGAUAGACUGUUAGACUCUGCAACGAACGCGCUUUUAGCCAUAGUUCGUCGUCUGCUUUGUUAUACGAUACAAGUGGUGUGCUUUUUCUGCAACAUGCUUAUGUAUAGUGGUAAAACAUUUACAUAAAAUAUAACAAAUUAAAGCUCUUAUUGCA